AUGAAAAGAACAUUUAUCAGUUAUUCUCAGGCUAUAGCAUAUGUAGCUAAUUCAUGGUUGGAUCCGUACAAGGAGAGACUUGUAUCGGUGUGGACAAAUAAGUGUACUCAUUUUGGAACGUACACUUCUAAUAGGGUGGAGGGGGCACACGGACGAAUGAAAAGGGAUGUGCAUAAUUCAACUGGCACAUUUGUGGAUUUGUAUACGAAAGUCCACAACCAAAUUGUCGAACAACACAAUGACAUCAAGGCUUCCUUUGAAGUAAGUAAAAAUAGUUACGAGCACACUUUCAAAACGUUGAUAUACAAUGAGCUUCGUGGAAGUAUCUCAAAAGACGCUCUGCAACUACUCAAAGUUGAGGUGGACAAUGCGAAACUAUUGCAACCGAGCGAUAUGGGUUGUAGUUGCGCCAUCCGAACAACUCACGGUCUACCAUGUUGCCAUGAACUUCAUGAGUAUGUUGUUGUGAACAAAUUUCCUAUCCCACUUGAGUUAAUAGGCUCGUAUUGGAAACACAUGAGCAUGGAGCCCGUCGCGACCACAUACCAAGUCAUCCUACCAACCAUCGACGAAGAAUUAUCGGAAUACCAGAAGCUCUUUGAAUGUGCCGAUCUCGAUGCAAAAACUCGAUUGCGCAACCAUUUGAGACAUUUUACCCACCCAGAGAAGACUAACCUUACGGAGCCAAGUGAAAAAGUUGUUAGCAAAGGUCGACCGGCAAAAAAUAGGAAAGACAAAUCAAGCACUCGGGACAAAUCACAUUUUGAGUAUGUGGAGCCAAAGAAAAAAAAAUCGAAGCAAGCUAGUUGUUCUCCAAAGCUUAUACCUGUACUGAUGAGAUUACGAGGGCACUCGAAUGAUUCUUUUAACACUAUACCAACUCAAGAGUCAGGAAAAAGCACUAUACCGACGCAAGAGUCGUUCAAACCAUUAUUUGAAGAUGCAGAUGUGGGAUUGCCACCAGAUGGACACUGUGGAUUUCGGGCAGUUGCCUCUAUGAUGGGAUUUGGAGAAGAUGAAUGGGGUCGAGUGCGAGAUGACAUGCUACGGGAGUUGACUUCUAAUUUUUCCACUUACACGACCAUGCACCGUGGCGAAGAAACCGUUAGAAGCAUGCAAGCUAUUGUGAGUAACUGGGAUGUUCCUGCCACUCGUGAUCAUUGGAUGUCUUUUCCAAAUAUGGGUCAUGUAAUUGCUUCAACAUACAAUAUUGUGCUUGUCUACUUAUCCAAGUAUCAGUGUCUCACGUUCCUUCUUCUAUCGAGCGAUCCAAAGCUUUUCAGCGAGAGACAAGACCACGGAAUGGCAUUCGUCGACAACUGUCACUUCGUGCAUCUUGUCUUGAACAACAAUUGUCCAAUACCUCCUAUCGCCGAUUAUUGGUACCGAUGUCAUGAUCCUAAAGCUGAUGCUUGGAAGGCUGCAGAAAUGGAUGGUCAAAAUGUUGCCACACGAGAGAGUUUCGAGAUUAUUACUAUAUCAGACAAUGGUGAUAGUUCUCCCGAACAAACUAUGUAA